AUGUGCAAGAUUCUCGCGCAUACCGAAGCGAUUAAUACCCUCUUUGAAACAUUCUUUGCAGCAGCAGCCGAACUUGCUGUCGCUCUUGGAACGGUAUUCCACUGUCUUAUGACCGAUACCCGUGCGUACGCUCGACUCGUUGGCGAGCUUCGCGGCACCGCUGGUUUCCGGCGACCGCUCUGA